AUGCAGAUACGUAAGAACGACGGAAUUGACCAAAUGCAGAUACGUAAGAACGACGGAAUUGACCAAAUGCAGAUACGUAAGAACGACGGAAUUGACCAAAUGCAGAUACGUAAGAACGACGGAAUUGACCAAAUGCAGAUACGUAAGAACGACGGAAUUGACCAAAUACAGAUACGUAAGAACGACGGAAUUGACCAAAUACAGAUAGGUAAGAACGACGGAAUUGACCAAAUGCAGAUACGUAAGAACGACGGAAUUGACCAAAUGCAGAUACGUAAGAACGACGGAAUUGACCAAAUGCAGAUACGUAAGAACGACGGAAUUGACCAAAUGCAGAUACGUAAGAACGACGGAAUUGACCAAAUGCAGAUACGUAAGAACGACGGAAUUGACCAAAUACAGAUAGGUAAGAACGACGGAAUUGACCAAAUGCAGAUACGUAAGAACGACGGAAUUGACCAAAUGCAGAUACGUAAGAACGACGGAAUUGACCAAAUGCAGAUACGUAAGAACGACGGAAUUGACCAAAUGCAGAUACGUAAGAACGACGGAAUUGACCAAAUGCAGAUACGUAAGAACGACGGAAUUGACCAAAUGCAGAUACGUAAGAACGACGGAAUUGACCAAAUGCAGAUACGUAAGAACGACGGAAUUGACCAAAUGCAGAUACGUAAGAACGACGGAAUUGACCAAAUGCAGAUACGUAAGAACGACGGAAUUGACCAAAUGCAGAUACAUUUGGACUCUUGCUAUGUUUUUCCAUCUAUCUAUCUAUCUAUCUAUCUAUCUAUCUAUCUAUCUAUCUAUCUAUGCAUUUUCAUCUAUCUAUCGAUAAAUAACUGUCUUUUCAUCUAUCUCUUUUCAUCUAUCUAUCGAUAUAUCUCUGUCUGGUCAUCUAUCUAUCUACCUAUCUAUCUAUCUAUCUAUCUGUCUGUCUGUCUUUUCACUUAUCUAUCUAUCUAUCCAUUUCAGACUGUUUGUAUCUAUCUAUCUAUCUAUCUAUCUUUCUCUGUCUUUUCACCUAUCUCUCUAUCUAUUUAUCUAUCACUUUUCACCUAUCUAUCUAUCUAUCUAUCUAUCUAUGUCUUUUCACCUGUAUGCCUGUCUGUCUAUCUCUGCCUUUUCACUAUCUAUCUAUCUAUCUAUCUAUCUAUCUAUCUAUCUAUCUAUCUAUCUAUCUAA